CGCAUAUCGGCGACCACCAGGGCAAACGCAAACCUGACCAGGCCGCGCAGGCUUGCAAGCAGCACAUCGGCGACUUCUGGACGAAAAGGAAACUUUCUCUGUCUUUUCUGCUGCGCAAGGAAAUGUCUCCGUAGAUGCCGCAUAACUUUGAAUGUCUCCGACAACCUCUCGAAGCACAAGUAGAUAAAAAGUCUUGUGGGCUGUUGGGCACGGUCUGGCUUGCAACGAGCAUCGCUAUUUUCCUGAUCUAUCGAUCCCCCUCUCUGAACCUGAUCCAGCCAACCCAAGCAAAGCAUUACAAUGGCAGACCACACCCACCACCAUGACGAUAGCCAUGGCACUUCGUCCGACGAUACUGCCUUCACUGAAGCCAACCGCGCACAUUGGAACAAAUCCGCCGCAACAUACACGUCGGAACAAUGGCAAAAAGAGCUAAUCAACAAAGUCACCGCCUUCAUCCAAACUCACGUCACCUUCAUCGGCGUACCUUUCCUCGACCCCUCGUCUACCUUCGAAGCCCCCGACCCAUCGCAACCUCCCCGGAGUGUCCGCGUCCUUGACUAUGCAUGCGGGCCCGGCACGGUCACCAGCGCCCUCGGCGCCCGCGCAACAGAGUACGUCGGCAUCGACCUGUCCGAGAACAUGGUGCAAGCGUACAAUCUGCGCUUCAACUACGACUCCUCCCCCUCAAGCGUGACUGUGACUGACGGUGCUGCCGACGAACGACCCCUGAAGGCGCACGCCGUGGUGGGCAACCUCCUGGAGGCCGAGGAACCCGCCCACCUGUCUGGGCCCGAGUAUCACAAUUUCGACCUCGUCGUCGUCGGCAUGGGGUUCCACCAUUUCGCCGACGUCCGCCUCGCGGCCAAACGGCUGGCCGCUCGGCUGAGGCCCGGCGGCAUCUUCUUGAUUCUAGAUUUUGUCACACAUGCCAUGGAACAGGAUGCGCAUCCGGACCUGAAGCAAGCGGUGCAUACGAUCAAGCAUCACGGCUUCAGCGAGGCUGAGCUCAAGGAUAUUUUUGCCGACGCUGGGCUCGAGGACUUUGCCAUCGUGAGGAUGGGUGACGAGGUACUGCUUAGGGGCACGUCGCGUAGGGAGCCGUUUAUGGCGAGAGGGCGAAAACCUUGAUGCUAGGCGUCCCCCAUCUUAGCAUGCUCGUGGCUGUUGUGGCUCUGUGAGAGCAGCUUCGCGGACUAGCUGAGAACAUCAAUAUUCAGCGUCCGAUAAAGUACGUGGAGGUGGGCAAGCCUUGUCAGCAUUAAGUCAGCGCGCUGCUGAUGAUCACUUGCGGCUGACUCGCCAGCACUAGUUGUCCACAAAAUCUCAAUUCGUUG